AUGUGUCCGCGGGCUGGGAUUGCACCCAGGCUAAACUUGAGCCCCGUGAUACCCCGCGUGUUUUCAUCGGCUGUGGACCGAGAUGCCGCCGCUGUGCCUUGCCGUGAUUGGCUCGUGGCGAGGGACUACUACAUAGUAAGCGAGGCCAGUGGUGGUUUUGGGUGCCAAGACUCGUGGUCUGGUGUCGGCAGCGGCCAGCAGCCCCGCCAUCCCGGCGGCAGGCGCCAUAUUUGUCGGUAUUGUCCCCAGGGACCAUGUUCCAACCGAGCCGCCGUCUGGACCCGCUGGCCAGCCAGCCUAUUCCGCAAGAAGCUCUCCAAGAUGGCCGCGGCCAAAAGGGGAUGCCUGGCCGCUGGCCACAUGCAGGAACAGCCCACACCAACUGCUCCGCACGCGGAGCCUGUGCUCCCGCAUUUCCUCCCUCGGCGAUAG